CGUUGACUAAAGAGCAAAUAUUUCACGUGCUAAUAUGUCCAAAGGGUACUGAUAGCUCACAAACACACACACAGAAUAUGCACUACUGUAGUCAAAUGAAACUGUCAAAUCCCUGGGUGCAUUGGUCAAUGGUUACAGGUUCAAUUGGAAAUGUUUAAAGUGCUCUGCAUCGGGUGGUCUUUCGAAAUCUCAAUACACGCUGAUGGUCAGACAGUGCUUUAGUAGUAGUUGGGUUUAUUUAGAGAAAGGGGACUCCUCGUUGACCACAGGGGGAGACUAGUCGCGAUUAAAAACACAAGACGUUCAGAGAACAUCAUGCUACCUAUUCUCACCCAGGAACGUGGUUGGCUAACCGGCUAACGCUAGCCUCUCUACCGCAAGCGUUGCCCGCUCAGUUUGAAGACACGUCUACAGUCUGGUCCGCAAGACAUAUGUUAGACUGCUGCUCGUUAUGCAGAGGAAGAAUGCUAGCUACCGCUCAGGACUUAACUGACCUCCUUGAAACACAUUAAGCUCCCGGGCCCAGCCAUGUUUGGAACAGAGUCCUCAUUAAGCAUGUUUCUCAACACCCUGACGCCCAAGUUCUACGUGGCUUUGACUGGCACCUCAUCCCUCAUAUCAGGACUCAUCCUGAUCUUUGAGUGGUGGUACUUCAGGAAGUACGGGACUUCCUUCAUUGAGCAGGUGUCCGUGAGCCACCUGCGCCCCCUGCUGGGCGGAGUGGACAGCAGCGCCCCCACCAACACCACUACCAGUAAUGGGGAGGCCGACUCCAGUCGACAGAGUGUGUCCGAAUGUAAAGUGUGGCGAAAUCCUCUGAAUUUAUUUCGGGGCGCAGAGUAUAACAGGUACACCUGGGUAACAGGUCGGGAGCCCCUCACCUACUACGACAUGAACCUCUCGGCUCAGGACCACCAGACGUUCUUUACCUGCGACACGGACCACCUCAGGCCUGCAGACGCCAUCAUGCAGAAGGCGUGGCGAGAGAGAAACCCACAGGCUCGUAUCUCAGCUGCACAUGAAGCUCUGGAGCUGGAGGACUGUGCGACUGCGUUCAUCCUCCUGGCCGAGGAGGAGUCCACUACCAUCAUGGAGGCGGAGCGUCUGUUCAAGCAGGCGCUGAAGACCGGGGAGGGCUGCUACCGACGCAGCCACCAGCUGCAGCACCACAGCUCCCAGUAUGAGGCCCAGCACAGAAGGGACACCAACGUAUUGGUGUACAUAAAGAGGAGGCUUGCCAUGUGUUCCCGGAAGUUAGGGAGAACACGAGAAGCAGCCAAGAUGAUGAGAGAUCUGUGUGUUUUCCAGUUAAUGAAGGAGUUCCCUCUUCUCAGUAUGUUCAACAUCCAUGAGAACCUACUGGAGUCUCUGUUGGAGCUCCAGAACUACGCAGACGUACAGGCAGUGCUGGCCAAGUACGACGAUAUAAGUUUACCUAAAUCUGCAACAAUAUGUUAUACAGCAGCGCUGCUCAAGGCCAGGGCCGUGUCUGACAAGUUCUCUCCCGAGGCGGCCUCCAGGAGGGGGCUGAGCACCGCAGAGAUGAACGCUGUGGAAGCCAUCCACAGAGCGGUGGAGUUUAACCCCCACGUCCCUAAAUAUCUCCUGGAGAUGAAGAGUCUCAUCCUCCCUCCAGAACACAUCCUGAAGCGCGGCGACAGUGAGGCCAUCGCCUACGCCUUCUUCCACCUGCAGCACUGGAAGAGAGUGGAGGGCGCGCUCAACCUGCUGCACUGCACCUGGGAGGGCAGUAUGUACUCAUCCUUCAGAAUGAUCCCGUACCCCCUAGAGAAGGGUCAUCUCUUCUACCCCUACCCCAUCUGUACAGAGACGGCCGACAGAGAGCUGCUACCAACAGUAUUCCACGAGGUGUCAGUCUACCCCAAGAAGGAGCUGCCCUUCUUCAUCCUGUUCACGGCCGGCCUCUGCUCCUUCACUGCCAUGCUGGCGCUGCUCACACACCAGUUCCCAGAGCUCAUGGGCGUCUUCGCCAAGGCUUUCCUGAGUACUUUAUUCGCUCCCCUCAACUUCAUCAUGGAGAAGGUGGAGAGCCUCCUGCCCUCCAGUCUGUGGCACCAGCUCACCCGCAUCUAGACGCCCUGAGGAGCCGACAGACGGACGGACUGAUGGCGGGCCUAGAGGAGCCGACAGACAGACGGACAAACUGAUGGCCGUAGCGCCGUCUGGGACUGGACUGACACACCUUUGUGCCAAUAAACAGGACAGGAGACAAAGCCACUGCUGGAGAGAGAAGGGAUUCAAAAUGAAAUAAAGAAAACAGAAUUCAGAAUAGUUUUGGACUUUUUAUUUGUUAUGUUUGCCAUUUCGGGGGACGUGGAUCUCUUGUAAAGCCGUUUGUUGUACAAAAAGAGGCGAGCGAAUUGCCAUCUUUAAAACAUGGAAAGAAACAAAAAAGUACAAUAAAGGACUGUUUUACUGCAAGCUUCUACAACGCCCUUGGUCAUUCUGAAUCAGGUUUGUACACGAAACCAACAAGGGUGAAUCUUCUGGGUCAGCUGGCCUACUGUGUGGUCUGUUGUGCAAUGUGUCGUCCGUCCCCCCCCCCACAAAACACCACCACAGGGACUGAUGUUAAAGCCCCAGAAAACGUUUGAAUUUAAGAGCUCAAAUAACCUCAGUCUAUAGAUCUGUUAAAGGUUUUCCUUUGCUGAAUCUUGAUUUCACUGGUGGGAUCCUCACCAUCCUGACCUCCCUCCCAACUGAAUAAAGACCUGACGACAUCCUCUCAUGAUCAGGUGAGCACAAUCCAACCUGAAAAAUACAUUGCAGUGAAUUGAUAUUAGGCACAUUGGUGGCCCAUAAACGGUGGAUCUUUUAAGGUUAUGUUCCCUUGGGCCGUUGAGUGUAAUCUGCUGGAUCACCAAUUGAGGGCAGCAGAUUGACACGUCUCUGGAAUCUUGGGAUGGAAAUAAAGUGUUUAGUAGGGAACUCUUGGGUUGUCUGGUCAGGAUUGGUGGAAGUGUUGGCUUUAAUACUUAGGUCACUGGUUCGUUAAACUACAUUUAAUUUGCUAAAAUGUAUAAAUUUCACUUGUACAAUAAAUCUGUGGAUAAGAGCAUAAUGUUAAAUAAUCAGUAUUACUGAGAUUACAAUGCACAUUGUAAUUGAUCUACCUAAUGGUAUUGUGGGUUUCACCAUUUUCAGAAAUGCACAACCUGUUUGGUACUGGUGAAUACAUCCUUUAAGCACAGGUGAUCUGAAUGACUCACUUCAAGCGGUUAGGCAAUGAUCACAGCUAUCCUGUUACAAUAUCAUAAAAAUAAUUCAUUCUGUUAAGAGGCAACAGAAUGCAGUGUUUAAUGAUGAUCAAGCCAAUCUCUCCCCAAUGUUAUUCGAUCAGAAUUAAUAAUGUCGGGCUAAUUUCAUUAAGCUGAUCAAGUCCCAUUUGCCAGUGGAACCUGACUCAUAAAUGUCCCACUGCAGGUUAAGGCUGACCGUCCAGGCAGUUACAAGUCUAAAGGAAAAUAUGGUCUUAAAUCCCUUUGCUUUUGUAAGCAAGGAGAUGACUGAGGACUAGAAUUGCAUCGCAUAACCCUUUAAAUGCUCCCGCAGCCUGGACAAGGUUUAGGAUACGAUUGGAAUCCACAUUUUUCCCAUUACUUGGGAGUAAAUAAAUACAAUGAAACCAAAGUAGGGACUGCCAUUGGCCAACAGUAGACCACAUAGGACGAAAGAUAGUCUUACAAGCUUUCUAAAACAAACAUCGCUCAGAACGGUCACCCAUUCGUACCCUUGGUUCUGUUUUCUGUACCACUGCUUAUGAUAAGCAUUGGCCAAACCAUCGCAAUAUUUGGUCAUUAGAAACCAUUUGGCUUCCUGGGUGAUUCAGGGAUUUCCAUACAUGUGUUUUCAGUGAGUGUUGCAUAUGUGCAGUGUUACGAACCAAUUCCUGCCCCCUCAAAAAUCACUUUGGUCUCCAAAUUAAAUUUGGGAUUGUUCCGAUGUUGUGAAACCAGAAGAACAUGCGUUCCAGGUGUCUAAGAUGUGUUUAUGAGUGGACAGGCCACCGUGGCACGAAUGCAACAUGCUCGCAAACCGCCAACACAUCUGUUGACAAACAUGAAACGUAGUCAAGGUCUCCUGCUGGCUUCUGAGCCAUGAAAAGGGGAAACUAACACCCACGGGGAGUUGAAAGGGGAAUUGUGAAUGAACUCAGCAGCGCGCUGGUCUGUCCUCUGCUAAUGACAUGUUCAGACUGCUCACUAUCUCCCCUCUGCACUACACAGCAACAGGGUCCUGGAUAACAGUCCAGAAACAUGUCCGCUUGGAUGAGAUCUUCACACACACAAAUCAGUCCGGUGUUCAUAAUGUUCUUUGUCUGCAAGUUUUUCUCCCAACCCAAAAUGUAAGAAGUGCUCCCGGAUACAAGGGUAAGUGCUUCAGUGACCGACUUGGAAGAACAGAACUACAGAGUAUAUAUGAAUGUGUUAAUACAAAACAUCAACAGGUGCAAUUAUGUAACAUUAGAAGGAGAUUGACACGCUACAUACUCUGCUUAAUACUCAACUAGUUUGACCUUUGAAGCUUGGAUAGUAAUGACGUUACCCGAUACAGAACCGAGACUCACAUUUCUAUUUCUACAUUAAAUAAGGUGAGUCGGGCGUGGCAGAACUGGCAGAGUGGUGAGUACUGGGUCCAUCUACUAAGGACAGAGUUCACCUCAACAUGCCCUCUGACAACGAAUAGAGAUGACCAAUCUCAAUGGAAUUCCUCCAUCCUUGGUGUACUCAUCAUCACAUCAUCAUCUCAUUACUGUCUGUUUAAAACCUGUCCCGCUUUCAAAAGCCUGAGGCCUUUUUAUAGUCAGUCUCCCAUGCCGGUAAUAAACAUGGAGCUAGCAUACUGAUAUAUUAGGUGUGUUAUGUGACGCCCCCACACAAUGAAGCGUAAGAACCUGACACGUGUGCAGAGUUACCAGACGCAAGACUGGAUUUUUUAAGAAGAUUCCAGCUCCAGUCAU